UGGUACUCUUGGUAGUGCCUCUAGUAGUGCCAUUGGUGAUGCUUUUAGUAAUAGCAGUGCCUUUAGUAAUGCCUUUGAUGAUAGUAGCAUCUUUGAUAGUGCUCUUGAUAGUAGUAGUAGUGGCUUUGGUGAUGUUCUUGGUAGUAUCACACUUGGUAGUGAUGGUGCCUCUAGUG